AUGUCCGACAAGGCUGCUAAGCGUGCGCGUUUCGAGGGUGUCUUCGACACCAUUGCCGAGGAGCUCCUCGCCUACCUCAAGGGCGAGGGCAUGCCCGCCGAGGCUAUCGAGUGGUACAAGAAGAACCUCUACCACAACGUCCCCGGUGGCAAGCUUAACCGCGGCCUCUCGGUCGUCGACACCCUCGAGAUCAUGAAGGGUGCCGCCCUCACUGACGACGAGUACUUCCACGCCGCCCUCCUCGGCUGGUGCAUUGAGCUCGGCUUCUUCCUCGUCUCGGACGACCUCAUGGACGCCUCGAUCACCCGCCGUGGCCAGCCCUGCUGGUACCGUGUCCCCACUGUUGGCAACAUUGCCAUCAACGACUCGUUCAUGCUCGAGGCCGCCAUCUACUACCUGCUCAAGAAGCACUUCCGCCAGCAGCCGUACUACGUCGACCUUCUCGAGCUCUUCCUCGAGACCACCUUCCAGACGGAGCUUGGCCAGCUUAUCGACCUGAUCACUGCUCCCGAGGACAACGUCGACCUGUCCAAGUUCUCGCUGGAGAAGCACCACCUCAUUGUCGUGUACAAGACUGCGUUCUACUCGUUCUACCUGCCCGUCGCGCUCGCGAUGCGCGUGCACGGCAUCAAGGACGAGGCCGCGUACAAGGCCGCGCUGGACAUUCUCAUCCCCAUGGGCGAGUACUUCCAGGUGCAGGACGACUACCUCGACGCGUACGCCCCGCCCGAGGUGCUCGGCAAGAUCGGUACCGACAUUCUCGACAACAAGUGCUCGUGGAACGUCAACACGGCGCUCAAGUACGCCACGGCCGAGCAGCGCCAGGUCCUCGACGACAACUAUGGCAAAAAGGACGCCGAGUGCGAGGCCCGCGUCAAGGCCCUGUACUCGCAGGAGCCCAUCUCCAUCCCGGCCCGCUUUGAAAAGUACGAGCAGGAGUCGUACGAGCGCCUCAACGCCCUCAUCAACGAGAUUGACGAGGACAAGUCGGGCCUCAAGCGCGAGGUCUUCACCUCGUUCCUGGGCAAGGUCUACAAGCGCCAGAAGUAA